UAAUGAUCAGUAAUCUGAUCAUGUGAAACAAUAAGCUGAAUGAUCAAAACAUUGCUGUCAGGCAGCGUUGAUACUAUGCUUUUAGAGUUUAUAUCAGACCUGCGCUUCGUCUGUGAGAUAUAAUGUCGGACCCUUACUCAGUUCUGGGGUGUGUGAGGAGAGGUCUGCGGUUAGAUGUGUUUAAGGAUGUUGCUCGUCAAUAUCCAGUCAUUUUCUGUAUCUUCAUCUUUAUGAUCUCCUCCACCAUCAUCCUCAACCAAUAUCUCCAUAUUCUCAUGAUAUUCUGGUCAUUUCUGGCUGGAGUGAUCAUAUUCUACUGCUCCCUCAGCCCUGAAUAUCUGCUGCCGAAUAUUCUCAUCUCAAUCAAGACCAAGAGGAAACCACAGAAACAGCAAGAAUUGUUCCCGCUGGGUCACAGUUGUGCAGUAUGUGGGAAAAACCAGUGCAAACGCCACAGACCUACCCUUCUGCUGGAGAACUAUCAGCCAUGGCUGGACUUAAAAGUGCCGUCCAAAGUGGAUGCCAGUUUUUCCGAGGUUUUGGAGUUAGUUCUAGAGAACUUUGUGUACCCAUGGUACAGAGAUAUUACAGAUGACGAGGCGUGUGUCGAUGAACUGAGACAAACAAUCCGUUUCUUUGCUGCAGUUCUGGCUCACCGAGUACAAAGAGUGGAUGUUCCUUUAGUUGUGAUGGACAAAAUGAUGAAGGCAGCUAUGAAGCACAUUGAGAUCAUGGCAAAAGCACAGCAGAAAGUGAAGAAUACAGAGGGUCUCCAGCAGGCAGCACUAGCCGAAUACGGUGCCGAUCUGCAUGUGGCCCUGCGGAGCCGCAAAGAUGAGCUGCUGUACUUGAGGAAGCUCACAGAGCUGCUGUUUCCUUGCGUCAUGCCCCCUAAAGCUACAGACUGCAGGUACAUCUCACACACACACUGGACACUCCUGUUCAAAAGCUUGGGGUCAGUACUUGUUAUUCAUAUUCAUGAAUAUGCUUUAUUCCAGGACACAGUGAAUCACAUGGUGCUCAUUUUCAUUGAUGACACUCCACCUGAGCCAGUUACUGACCCUCCAUCUGUGCUGGUGCCCUUCCUGGAGAAGUUUGCAGACCCACGCAACAAGAAGUCCUCGGUGUUGAAGUUGGAUUUGAAGGAGAUCAGAGAGCAACAGGAUCUGUUGUUUCGUUUUAUGAGUUUCCUGAAGGAGGAAGGAGCGGUACAUGUCCUGCAGUUCUGCCUGACUGUGGAGGAGUUUAAUGACCGGAUCCUGUGUCCUGAUCUGAGUGACACGGAGAUGCAGCGUUUGCAUGAGGAGGUGCUGAAGAUCUAUGAGACGUAUUGUCUGGAGGAGAGCAUCGACAAGAUCAGCUUUGACCCUUUCAUCAUAGAGGAAAUCCACAACAUCGCUCAGGGGCCGUAUACAGGGGUGGUGAAGCUCCAGACGAUGCCAUGUCUGUUUGAGGCCUAUGAACAUGUGCUGUCUCUGCUGGAGAAUGUCUUCACCCCCAUGUUCUGCCACAGCGAUGAGUAUUUUCGGCAUCUGCUCUGGGGUGCUGAAUCUCCUGCUAGAAAUUCAAAGCUAAACAGGAAUUUGAGUUUGGAUGAUUUAAGGAACACGUCAAAGCGUGGCGAGUCAUUUGGGAUCAGUCGUAUUGGAAGCAAAAUAAAAGGCGUGUUUAAGAGUAGCACGAUGGAGGGCGCAAUGCUACCACAGUACGCCAUGAUUGAAGGAGAAGACGACACAGUGGAGGAAGCAGUGAUGGUGUUUGAGGACGACUCUCCAGGCCCUGCGGAGGUGGCUGGAACUCCAGGAGCGUUGCGCAACCUUGCUGCUUGGACCAUCUCAAUCCCUUAUGUGGAUUUUUUUGAAGACGAGGUUAAGAAAGAGCGCACUCCAGUCUUCUGCAUCGACGUGGAGCGCCACGACAGGAAGAACGUGGGGCAUGAGACUGAGUGCUGGUCUGUGUACAGAAGAUAUCUGGAGUUUUAUGUUCUGGAAUCUAAACUCACAGAAUUUCAUGGCCCAUUCCAGGAUGCUCAACUCCCUUCCAAAAGAAUCAUUGGACCAAAGAAUUAUGAAUUCUUGUCCUCCAAACGAAGUGAAUUUGAGGAAUAUUUACAGAAACUGCUGCAUCACCCUGAACUGAGUAACAGUCAGCUGCUGGCAGACUUCCUGUCACCUCACAGCAUUGAGUCUCAGUUCAAUGACAAAAUGCUUCUGGAUGUAAACCUGGGGAAGAUGUUUAAGUCAGUGCCAGGAAAACUGAUCAAAGAGAAAGGGCAAAACCUGGAGCCAUUUAUCCAGUCGUUCUUCAGUUCCUGUGAAUCCCCCAAACCCAAACCCAGCAGACCUGAGCUCACCAUCCUCAGCCCCACUGCAGAAAAUAAUAAAAAGCUGUUCAACGAGCUGUACAGAAACAAUGCCAAUCUGCCAGAGGGCCUGGAGAGAAAACACAACCAGAACUACUUCAUGGAGCUGAUGGAGGUUGAUGGCGUAUAUGACUGCAUGAUGUACAUAGGUCGGGUGGUGUUUCAUAUGCCUGACUGGCUGCAUCACUUUCUGAGCGGAGCUCGUAUUCUCUUGAAGAGGACACUAGAGGCGUAUGUAGGCCAUUAUUUCCAGGUCAAACUAGAGCAGAUCAUGCAGGAGCAUCGCCUCGUCUCUCUCAUCACUCUGUUGCGAGAUGCGGUUUUCUGUGAGAGCACAGAGGAACGCUCUCCUGAGGACAAACAGAGACGAGCCAAGCAGACCUUUGAGGAGAUGAUGAACUACCUGCCAGAUCUGCUUGGGAAAUGUAUCGGUGAGGAAGCAAAGUAUGAGGGCGUCAAGAUGCUUUUCAACGCCAUUCAGCAGCCAUUGCUCAACAAACAGAUGACGUACGUGUUGCUUGACAUCGCUGUCCAGGAGCUGUUCCCAGAGCUCAGUGAGAAUCAGAAGGCAGGUCUCUCCGUCUCCACUAGAUGGAUGUAAAACAUUAUCGGACCUAACAUCAACAUUAUAAAGCGUUUAUUGCACUACUAAAAUACAAUUAUUUAUUGACUUUAAUGGGGUUUGUAUGCCAUGGCUAUUCAUUGGAAACCUGCCUUAUUUUUACAGUCGAGUAGUAAAAGCAUGAUAAUAACAAAAGGUUUGGAUCAAGUAGAUUGUGAUUCAAGACACAUAAUGUCAUUAUCAGCAUGAUAACAUUCUUCAGAUCAGAUGUAAAUAAACAUUUUACACUCUUGAUGGUCCCUGAAGAUACUCAGAAAGACACAAGAUACAGACAAGUUAAAAAUAAAAAAAUCAAUGACAGAACUGAGACAUUUCAUAUAGUGUCACAGCCAUGUGCAAAAUAAAAGUACUGAAAAAAAUGUUUUUGUAAAUGCACUUCUGGCUUUGUGCUCCGUAAAUAAAAUCUUAAUAUAUCCAGCAGCUUUGUCCCUGGUUAUGUGUUUUACAAUAAAUCUUAAUCUAUUUAAAAUAAAUGCUUUGUAAAAAUAUGAAUAGCUACCUUAGAAAAAAAGAGGAUGGAGAUUUCUUGCCAGACAAACCGCUAUCUAUAAUCAUCACAAGCUGUGCCGUUUAAUUAACCAUAAUCAUCAUCAAGAAACAAAUUACAGAUAAAUAACUUUACCCUUUUUUAUAAGAAUC